AUGAGGAGGCCGCAGGCGCUGAUCCUCUUCUCAGAUGAGCCGCCCACUGCACCACAGCCGCUGCCGCCGACAGAGGCGCAAAUAGAGGGGGAGGUGGAUGAGGAAAAGUUGUGGGAGUUGCGCUGCCCAAGCCCAAAUAUGGAUCUCGUGGUCGAGCCCUCCUGGCUGGCGUUGGCGCUACCGUUCCAGCCGCAGGGCGGCAACGUGAUGGCACGCAGCAGCGAGAACUCCCCUGAUGGUGAUGGCGCACAACGUCAGGGUGCAGCGGAUGCCCACGGGAGCCUCCAGAAUGGAGAAAGAAACAGAUAUGGGUGGCUGGUCACCGACGCCGGCGAACGUGCUAUCAACGGAGUCAUGCCGGCAGUACCAUUGGAGCCGACGGCAUCCCCGAACAUGAAUGAAGGGAUCAAGAGCGAUGGCCCCAAGAAGCGGCGUGGCCCGCUGGUGCGGAUGGAGGGCUCCGGGUGCAGCCGCAAAAACGGGCGCGGGUGGCGCUGCUCUAAGCCCACGAUGUUCGGCUACUCCCUCUGCCCGCACCACGUCAGCAAGUCCUGCCAGCAUCGUGGCCCACCGAAGCUCGGCCGCACCGAGGACAUCAACAGCGGCAACAGCGACUCGCCAUCGGCCUUAGCCAUGGUGGCCGCAACACCAUCCGGCGACAUCGAGCAUGUGGCAAAUAUAACCGCAGAGUCCUCCGGCGAUCGAUCGAACUAGUCCAUAGAACCUUAUGGUUUGAUCAUGUAGAAAAAUUUGUUGGUGGUGACCAGCUGGAUUCUGUUGAAAUAAUGGACCAUUACCUUUUUGGCUUAAUUCUGCAAUAAAUUCCUCUUGGAACUA